AUGGUCAGUUUGUUUCUAUAAGAGAAAACUCAAGUUUAAGAGUUAGUGUACGCUCAAUUGCGUUAAAACAAGGAAUAUCUCUUGACGAUAUACAGACGCUGAGCAACUGGGUUGAUUCAAAGACAUUUCAGAACCAUCACCGGCGGGAACACUUAUCGACCGUGGACUUUAAUCGACCGUGGACUUUAAUCGACCGUGGACUUUAAUCGACCAAGUAAUUGGAGCAGAUCUACCAAUGGUUCAACUUGAUGAAGGCUUUAAUAAUGAUGAAGAAAACCAGGAGUUUUUUGACGCUACGAAAGGUUUUUGAUGUUUCUUACGCUGGAGCAGCAAUU